AUGUAUGAAAACGUGACAGCAGAUAGGAGAGAGUGCGUACUAUCCGUCAGAAGAAAGCCGAAGCAAGACAUGAUUCGUCAAAAUUCAAUGCACGAACCAUUUAGUGGCUAUCAACCACAGCCUAUCCCUCCGAGUCAACCCUCGAUGUUGCGCAUGGAUCUUCCCCCACCCGGCUUCAGCCUCCAAAUAUUCCUCACUUUGCGACGGCUGGUAGAGCAGAUGUUCGAGUUGGUGUAUUUUCAGAGCUUCGCACCACUUCAACUGUUCGACGACUCAACGCCAACAGAUCGAGAGCUGCGGAAAGUCAAAGUUGACGGUGCCGGUGCUGCGCCGAGGCGUGACACGACGUGA